CCUAUUCGACGUUAUUUUUUUCGUUGUUGUUGUUGUUUGAUUGAUUCAGUUUGUCGAUUUUAUGACCAAUAUCAUUUUGUUUUCGGUUGUAAUCGUUACUUUGUCAACCAAAAACUUAAAUUUUUUUUUUUGAAUUCAUUUUUGUUGUUGUUGUUGUUUUUGUUGAAAUUACUUGAAUUUGAAGAAUUUUUUUCAAGAAAACAAAAAAUGCGUGAAUGUAUAUCAUUACAUGUUGGCCAAGCUGGUGUACAGAUUGGUAAUGCAUGCUGGGAAUUAUAUUGUCUUGAACAUGGAAUUCAACCGGAUGGAAUAUUAUCACCAAUCGAUUCAACAACAACAACAGAAUCAUCGUUAUCAUCGAAUGAUUCAUUUUCAACAUUUUUCAAUGAAACUGGUAGCGGUCAUUAUGUACCACGUUCAAUUUAUGUUGAUCUUGAGCCAACGGUUGUUGAUGAAGUACGUACAGGUGAAUAUCGUCGUCUAUUUCAUCCAGAACAAUUAAUAACUGGUAAAGAAGAUGCUGCAAAUAAUUAUGCACGUGGACAUUAUACUGAAGGCAAAGCAUUAAUUGAACCAGUUAUGCAACGUAUAGCUAAAUUAGCUGAACAAUGUUCCGGUUUACAAGGAUUUCUUAUAUUUCAUUCAUUUGGUGGUGGUACUGGAUCCGGUUUUUCAUCAUUAUUAAUGGAACGUUUAUCUGUUGAAUAUGGUAAAAAAUCUAAAUUAGAAUUUGCCAUUUAUCCGGCACCGGCUAUUUCAACCGCUGUUGUUGAACCAUAUAAUUCAAUAUUAACAACACAUAAUACACUUGAACAUUCGGAUUGUUCAUUUAUGGUCGAUAAUGAAGCUAUUUAUGAUAUUUGUCGUCGUAAUCUAAAUAUUGAACGUCCAUUAUAUAUGAAUCUAAAUCGUAUGAUUGGACAAAUUGUUUCAUCAAUAACAGCAUCAUUACGUUUUGAUGGUGCAUUAAAUGUUGAUUUAACUGAAUUUCAAACCAAUUUAGUACCAUAUCCACGAAUACAUUUUCCAUUGGUUAGUUAUGCACCGAUUGUAUCAAGUGAAAAAGCAUAUCAUGAACAAUUUAGUGUUGCCGAAAUAACUGGUACUUGUUUUGAGCCAUCAAAUCAAAUGGUUAAAUGUAAUACACGUAAUGGUAAAUUUAUGGCAUGUUGUUUACUUUAUCGUGGUGAUGUUGUACCAAAAGAAGUGAAUGCUGCUAUUGCAGCAAUUAAAGCUAAACGUACUAUACAAUUUGUUGAUUGGUGUCCAACUGGAUUCAAAAUCGGUAUCAAUUAUCGUCCACCAACUGUUGUACCAAAUGGUGAUCAAGCUAAAGUUCAACGUGCUGUUUGUUUAUUAUCAAAUACAACAGCUAUUGCUGAAGCAUGGUCAAGAUUAAAUCAUAAAUUUGAUUUAAUGUAUUCAAAACGUGCAUUUGUUCAUUGGUAUGUUGGUGAAGGUAUGGAAGAAGGUGAAUUUAGUGAAGCACGUGAAGAUUUAGCUGCACUUGAACGUGAUUAUGAAGAAGUGGCUGCCGAAUAUAAUGCCGAUGAUGAUGAUGAUCAUGAUCAGGAUGGUGAAGAAUUUUGAGAAUUUUUUUUUCAAUUUCAAUUUUCAAUUUUAAUUAGAUUUAUUUAGUUGAAUAAACAAAUAAUAUACAAAUGUAGAUC